GACGGGCUCCUGCCUCAAAAGAAGCUUAUUCAGAUAUAUCAGUCAGUUUUUUCUUUUUUUUUUGACUGAUUAAACUUCUCCCGGGUAGGGAGAAACGAAGAGAUUAACCUCAAAGCCUAUUUUUGUUGGGACGACCAGAUCUCAUUAAUUUAUGGGACGAGGUCCAGCCGACGAAGGUGGGACGGAUUUUCAACAGCAAGCUCUAUCUGUUAAAGCGAACGUUCAUCUUAUCUUCUAAGAGAGAACGCACUAACAGGCAAGCACCCUUCUUUCUAUAUUUUUCUUUUACUUGACUUAAAUUGUUGCUGUUUAAAAGAGAUUUGCCAGAUUGAUCAGUUUUUGACAUCUCACUGGGGAGCCAUAACUUCUCUCUGCUACGCACUAAUUAAUAGCUUAUCUCUGUUUUUGUUGCAAAAAGCUGUCCUGGAUUUGCAUUCUAAAGAUAUACACAGAAGAGGGAUUUCUAUUCCAGAUUUUUAUUUUGAAAAAUAUUAUACUGUUUUGAGACUACUCUCUUUUUGGUCUAUUUUAUUUUGACGAAUCUGUUUCUUGACGAUUGCCAUUAAUUGUUUCGAUCCUGGGAACUGCAUUUUGUUUACUUAACUAUUGGAGAGAUAAGGCUGUCUGCUCUGUUUAUACUGUGAUGUCACCAAGUUUGGAGUAUUAACCCAAUUGUUGCUGAAAUAAGAAGUGGUUUUCCUAUAUUUUUCUUUUAAAAUGGCAAUUAAGAAAGUGGCUGAAAAUCUGGAAAUAACUAUGUUUCAGAAAAUAAUGGAUGAGAUUGAGAUAAUGAAAAUUGAAUUGAGUAAAAUGAAGCAGGAGAUUAAAGAUAUAAGGGUCCCUGUGAGAGAGGAGACCCCGGAGAUUGGAACAGGGGUCCCUGUGAGAGAGGAGACCCUGGAGACUGGAAUAGGGGUCCCUGUGAGAGAGGAGAUCCCGGAGACUGGAACCAACGUGGAACAGGAACAAGAUUUGGAGUCUAUGGACUUUAGAAAUAAAAUCUAUUGUUUGGAACUCAAUGUUAUCUCUGAAGAAAUGAAUGAAGAUUCUAGAGAUAAAGUUAUCAAUGGCAUGGAUAAUCUUCUGGACUGGAAUGAUGUGAUGGAGCCCAAUAUAGAGAAAAUCUAUGGAAUUAACUGCAGCCAUGUGACAAUGGAAAAACUUUUAAGAGAUGACCCAGUGUAUUUUGAAAAAAAGAACAGAGAUAUGAUUUUACAGCAGUAUUUCAGCAACCUAUUCAGAAUGGAUGGCAAGAAAAUAUUUGGGAUAGAGGUAAUUCCCAUCAGACUCUUACUAUAUGACUAUGGCUUUGACAGCAAGAUUAUUAUGGAAUACUGAUAAUGGAAGAUUGGAUAUUGAAAUUACUGGACUUAACAAGACUACUGAAGAUGGAAGAUGAAAAUGGAACUAAUAGAGAUAAUAGAACAAUGGCUACUGAAAUUAUUGAACCUAACAGAUUCUGAUGUGAUGGAUUAAUUGAAAUGUUUAUUUUGACUAUG